AUGACCCUGGAAGAUUUUGAAAAGUCGCUCGCGGAGGACCAGGAUCGGCGGGAAAAGGAUAAGGAUCGACAUCGCCGUGACCGCAGCAGCGAGCGCUCGCGGCAUUCUCGCCAUCACCGUUCUGGUCAUCAUAGACGCCAUUCAUCUAGAUCCCGCGAGCGCAGAAGCGAUCGGGAUCGUGAGUCCCGCCAUCAUGAUGAUGAGGGGCAUCGUUCGAAGCGUUCACGCCACUCGACCGACCAUGGAGACGACCGCGACCACGAGCGCAAGCGACGUCACCGACAUGAAAGUAAGGACGACGCGGAGUCUGCGCCCAAGGCGGCCGCGGAGGAGCGGCCGGCCCAAUUGAAGCGAGAUUCCUGGAUGGAAGCUCCUUCGGCUCUUGACAUUGACUACGUCCACCGCCCAGAUCCCAAGCGCGUGGAAGAGGACUCGAAACCGAAGAUGCUUGCAGCUGAUUAUGAGCUGAAGAUUCAUGACAAAGAGCUCAAUGAGCACCUGCGCGACCUCAAGGAUGGGAAAGCACUUGAAGAUAUCCAAGAGGAGUCGGCGCAGCAUGAGGUGGAUUACACAUUUGGAGAUUCUGGAUCGCAGUGGAGAAUGACGAAGCUCAAGGGUGUCUACAGGGAAGCCGAAGAGAGCGGUGUACCUGUGGAGGAGGUUGCGACUGCUCGCUUUGGAGACCUACGAUCAUUCGAUGAUGCCCGUGAAGAGGAAAUCGAGCUGGAUCGCCGCAAGAUGUACGGCGAAUCCUACGUGGGCAAGGAGAAGCCGAGCGGAGAAUUGUUCCAAGAAAGAAAGCUUCAAAACAACGUUCGCAGGGAUCAAAAAGAACAUCUACGCGAUCCAGCGGAGGAGCUUAAAACAGAAGGGCAGGGCAAGCAGAUGGAAACUGUGCCUCCUUCAUUCAGAACACAGCCUCUGGAUCAGACGGCGUUGAAUCGUCUCAAGGCUCAAAUGAUGAAAGCGAAGCUGAAAAAGGCACCCAAUGCGGCUGAGCUUGAAGAAGAAUACGAUGCUGCCGCCGCUGCCAUGGCUAAUCGCAAACAAUCCGACAUCGUCGUGCUCGGUGUCAAAGACAAUCGCAUGCUUGCUGGAUCAAGGAAUGAGGUCAAGGCGGUGGAUACCAAGAGAGGCCGUGAAAGAGGUUUGGUCGUAGAAAACGAUGACAUGACCAUCGACGACAUGGUUCGUGAAGAACGCAAGACUCGGGGUCAGAUGGGAGGCGAAGGAAAGCGAUUGGCAGAACGUAUCACCCGUGAUGGAAAGUUUGAGAACGAUUUGGAGUACAUGGAUGACAAUGCCUCCAAGCUAGCCAAGCGAGUGCACCGAUCCGAAAUCGACAUCAAGAGUGCAACAGUCAAUGAAUUCCGCAAGAUGAACCGAAUUCUAGACAACUGCCCACUCUGUCAUCAUGAGGAUACCAACACACCACCGGUUGCUCCCAUUGUGUCCCUUGCGACCCGGGUAUUCCUGACCCUUCCCACCGAGCCUGAAAUCAGUGAUGGAGCUGCCACAAUUGUGCCCAUUCAACAUCGAAACAAUCUCAUGGAAUGCGACGAUGAUGAAUGGGAAGAGAUCGCAACUUCAUGA